UGGGGAGCGGCAGAGUCGGCCUUUUCCGCCCGCUCCCCCCUCCCCCCGAGCGCCGCUCCGGCAGCACCGCGCUCGCUCUGAGCUCCGUGCUCCUAAGCCAGUGCCACCGUUGUCUCCCUCCAGUCGCCAUCAUGAUCAUCUACCGGGACCUCAUCAGCCAUGAUGAGAUGUUCUCCGACAUCUACAAGAUCCGGGAGGUCGCGGACGGGCUGUGUCUGGAGGUGGAGGGGAAGAUGGUCAGUAGGACAGAGGGUAACAUUGAUGACUCGCUCAUUGGUGGAAAUGCCUCCGCUGAAGGCCCCGAGGGCGAAGGUACCGAAGGCACAGUAGUCACUGGUGUGGAUAUUGUCAUGAACCAUCACUUGCAGGAAACCAGCUUCACAAAAGAAGCCUACAAGAAGUACAUCAAAGAUUACAUGAAGUCAAUCAAAGGGAAGCUUGAAGAACAGAGACCAGAAAGAGUAAAACCUUUUAUGACAGGGGCUGCAGAACAAAUCAAGCAUAUCCUUGCUAAUUUCAAAAACUAUCAGUUCUUUAUUGGUGAAAACAUGAAUCCAGAUGGCAUGGUUGCUCUGCUGGACUACCGUGAGGAUGGUGUGACCCCGUAUAUGAUUUUCUUUAAGGAUGGUCUAGAAAUGGAAAAAUGUUAACAGAUUUGGCUGUUUGGAUCUGUCACCUGCUCGUCAUAACUGGCUGGCUGCUGCUGUUCAUCCACACAACACCAGGACUUAGACAAAUGGGACUGAUGGCAUCUUGAGCUCUUCGUUUUGAUGUUGAUUUGUUUGGAGCGGAGGCAUUGAUUUGAGGAAAAAAAAAAAACAUGUCAUGUAGGUUGUCUAAAAAUAAAAUGCAUUUAAACUCAA